AUGUUAACUGAAUAUGUACUGAUUAAACAACAGUCAUUGAAGUUAAUUGUUCGAGAAGCAGAUAUGAAAUUUGAUGCUAAUUUCUGCAACGUUACAACGAACCAUGAAAUAAGACCUGGUGAAAUUUAUUCACUUAGCUUUCGAAUGGAUCUUUAUGCUGAAGCGAAAACAUUUUACGUAAAAAUUGGCAUUGCACUUCCUACUUCAAGUGGAAAAUUUGAAUCAUUUAUUCAAAAUAGUGUAACUGAUGUGUGUAAAUAUUUGAAGCGAAAUAACAGCAACAUUAUGCUGAGACUAUUCUUUAAUGGACAUUUUGGUGACAAAAAAUUUCCUACUACCUGCCCUGUUAAGUCCGAUGUCUAUUAUAUUGAAAAAUUUCGUAUUAAAGAAAAUAUGUUAACAAUAAGAUCAAUACAAACAAAAAUCUUAAUCGCUGUAGACUUCUGUAUAGAUUUGCCACAAAAGAAUAUGCAUUGCAUUUUAAAUACAAAAUUUGAAGCAGAAGUCAAAGAUAGACAAAAAUGGUUGCAAGAGGUCGAAAUGAGACGACAAAGUAAUGACAAAAUAUGA